ACGUCGUGUCCCUCUCAAUCGAGUGAGACUGUGAAGUUGAGAGGCGUGAUCCAUUACGUGUGCAGACAAUACACGCAUACACAGCUCAAUCUCACCAAGUUGACAGACGAAUGAGACUGCUCGUCUGGGAGAUUGACUGGCUGGGCCUGGCUGCCCCCAUUGGGUUUCUCUCACUCUCUCUGGCUGCUUACUAUUAUCUCAGUCGGGGGACCCAAAGGACACGAGCGGCGUUCGUGUCCCACCCAGGUCGUCUGCAGCAGCUAGCACGCGAGGCGUGUCUAGUCUGUUCUAUCAACUCGUCACCACCCCAGCAAUCGAUACGGUAGAGAUCCCCUGCUAGAGUCCCCUUUCGGCAGCACACGCACAAGUCGAUUCUCUCCAGCAGGCCCAGACCACCCAACCGCGGCUGGCUUCUUCAAACUUGUACAAGAUAGGCACCAAGUCUCGUGCUCUCCAUCAUGUUUGGCAACCUCGCCCACCUCGUUCCUCCUCCACCACUAAAGUCGCAUGGUCCCCCAAAGGAUGUUCCACCGCCUACACCGGUGCAUUUACCGCAGUGUCUGCCAGGGCCUGCCAGGUCUUAUUCGGCCGAGUCUGGCCCGGAGGUUCAGAGUCUGCCGGCUCUCCUUCAGACACUUGCUCGACCGGCAGACCAGGUCGAGAUCGCUCAUCUCGAGGCCCUGGGUGUACACGUGACUCCCGACAUCCCACUAGACCGGCUUAUACCGGACCCGUCGUAUGUGCCGGAUUUUGCGAGGUGGGAAUCUCUAACCCAGGAAGAGGUUCAUGCUGUCGAUGGUGAGUCUCGAUUGGUGCUGUGUAAUGGCAGGUUGUCACCAGGUGCUUCCAAGUACCUCGAUCUGCAGCAGUGCCUCCUUACUGCGAACGAUCGAGCCUUUCGGUCUGUGAGGAGGGUAGCGCCAAAGCCCGGCGAGCAAUACGUGAGACUGGGCUACUGUCAUGACUUCUUCCGUUCUUUGGAGAUUUUCACGGGGUACUGGGAUGAUACGUCGACCGCAAAGCCUUCUUCUACACAGACAGAUGGAAACGGCCCAACUGAAGGCAGUGGCAAAGCCGACGACGCACCCGACAGUGAAGGUGUCGCGUUCUACCGCACGAGUGCGGGCUCUUCCAUGCCGGCGCAGCACCGCACGCAGCUCCUGGCCUCUUUCCUCAAGCUCGUCACCUAUGACUUCUCGUGCAACCUGACGACCCGUCAGGACCCUCGGCUGUACAUCAAGUCUCUUAGCCCGGAUUACAGGCACUCCUCCUUCUCCUCCGGCUGCAGCUUCAUCUACCGGACACCGCCCGACCGCGACUCUGCCAAGCGUGGUAUUGUCGAGGGCCCCAUCGCGGCCGUCAGCCCGCGUCACACAACUGUCUUCCCUCCCAAGGGCCGGGAGCGCGAUUCGGUUAUUGACCUGUCGCGGGAGAUCAUUGCAGCACUGAUUACAGCGCAGCAUCGCGCCCGGGAGGGCAAACAGGAGGAGCGUAUUGGUCAGGACGCGUGGUGGGCGACAAGGCCGCGCUGGGGCGGUGGACCUGGUGGUCCCAUUGGCAAAGAAGCAGAGCAGCUAGACGCCAGAGACACCACUGCCCUCCUGGUGGGGGACAAGGAUGAGAUGCCUACCAAGGACCCUGUGGAAGGCGACAACCCAUCUGCGGCUGGUAAGAACAGCAGUAGCCCUUCGCUGACCGCUGGCCGAUCAUCGUCCCGGAGUUCAUGGCUUCGGGGUUCGGCGUCGUCCUCGUCACGCUCUUCGGAAUUGUUCUCGUCUUCCUCCUCCUCCUCCUCCUCCUCCUCCUCCUCAGCACUGCAACCCCCCAAUCCCAAGCGGCCUCGCAAGGGACUGGCCAUAUACGAUGCAUACCGCAUGGUCCGCCCGCCCGCCAUGCAGUGGGACCCCAAGACUAGAUACACUGCUAUCGGCCGGCAGCGCGGUACCGACUACGACGAUGUGUUUGUGAUCAGCUCGCUGUUUCACCACGUGUCUAUCCUCAGAGUCAGGGUUCCAGAUCGGCUGCUGGGGGUCCUCGGCAGCGCUGAGCCCGACUCAGGGGUGGCCGGUCGGGGCAGAGUGGAGGUCUGGCGGACGCGUUGGUUCGAUUUCUUCAUAGCUCAGGACAGGGUGGAGGCAAUGAGGGCUGUUUGGGUUGUCAUGGCGUACGCCAUGCGGAAGUCUCAGGAUGACGGAACAGAGAGCGACGAGGGAGGCAUCAAGGUCUUGCAGGGUCGCCAGGCCAAGGAGGGAGGCUCGAAAGGAUAGGAUCUCUUUGGGCGGAACCUAUCGAUGCGUCGGAUGACCUCGUGGCCACCUUUCAAAAGCCGGGAGAGAACCGUCGCCUCGGUAAGGCCAGCAAGGUCCUCGCAACAAACCAAGUGUAACGGGGACUGCUGUAGCGUGGAGGAUUUCUUUUGUGGCACUGGAAGAGAAAAGCACAAGGCCUGAAGUGAGCACAACAUAUUGCGGUUGCAUCCCACACACUUCUCCCGGUGGGUUCCCCUGGGUAAUGGGUCCCAUUAGAUAGCAUGGUUCUCACUUAGAUGACAACCUAGAUUUGGGUCCCAUGUUGAACAAUCCCGUACUCUCCAGUAUGUAUAUGAAUCUUACAACAGGAGAGACAAUGAGAAAUUUAUUCAUCAUCAUAUUGUC